GAGAAGCGGUCACAAAACUUCCACGACUGCGCGCCAUGAAAACCCUCUUUCCUUCUUCCGACGCAAACAACAUUCCCUUCCAUUUCCACACUUUCCUGCGAAAAUUCACUCGAAAAAAAAUCAAACAUCACCAAACCCUAAAACCAAAACCCCAUUCCCAAAUCCAAUCCAAUCUCCAUAACCACACUCCAUAAAUGGAUCAUUACAAGGUUCUAGGUUUACACAAAACAGCAUCCAAGGAAGAAAUCAAAUCAGCAUUCAAAAAACUCGCGUUUCAAUUUCAUCCCGAUAAGCAUUCUCAAUCACCGAAAGCUGUGAAAGAGAACGCAACUGUUCGAUUCAAACAGGUUUCUGAAGCGUAUGAGAUUCUCAUGGAUGAUCGGAAACGAGCUGAGUAUAAUUACCGGUGGCGUUCCGGUGCCGGUGGAAGAAGUGGUUAUGGUGGUGGUAAUAGCAAUUAUUAUUAUUCUCAGUAUGGUUAUGGAUAUGGUAGAAGUGGGAAGAGCUAUGAGUAUAAAAGUGGGUCUGGGUUUAAUGGGGGUGGUGGUUUUGCAUCUAAGUUUGAGCUUGCUAUUAGGAUUUUGACGGCGAGGUCUUCUCUUCUCAAUCUUGGAUUUGCAGCGGCUAUAUUAGGUGUGAUGAUUGUUGUUGAUACAAGUGGAGAAUCCUUAUGGAAAAUGCAAAAUUCUGGGAAAUCUUUUGAAGAAGCCAUGAACACCAUUGACAAAGCAAAAACGUAUAAAGAAAAUAACACGAAUGAACGUCCUUGAUUUAAUUCUCUGCUCUCGACUUCACUUGCCACUCAAAUGCUUCUUCACGUUUAAUAAAUAAUGAAUGAUGUAAGCUUUCAUUUUUGGUGAUCGAUUGCAAGUGUAUACUGUAUUCAUAGGUGUGCUGCGAUUUGCAAUGUUAGUAUGUAUGUAUUCAACGUGCGGGAUACUGGAUUCUCUGCAGUCACGUGGUCGCAGAGUUAGGAGGUUUGAUGAAAAUCUGAUGGCUGAUAUUGUAAGUUGUAUCUUAAGUCAGAUUUGUCGAAGUUGGAAUAAGAAUCAUUUGAUUGUGAUGCAUUAGUCAAGAGUUAUUAACGGCAAGAUUAUGUGCUUUUUCUACUGUAGAGAGUUUGAGUCCAAUGCAGAACAUAUAUACUUGUUGUACAUGUAACAGAAAUUCAAUAUGUAAAUUGAUUACAAUCCUACUUUGUAUUUCAUUGUCUGAAUGUUUGUUCC